CUGCCCUCCUUAUAUUAGCAUGCUUCCUCCGCUCCAAUAGGCUACGGCAGCCUUGGCUCCCUCCGGCCUCCGCCGUGCCUCUUCGCCUCCGACGCGGCUUCCGGGCGCCUUCUCGCCGCUUUUCGCUCCUCAGCUGAUGGAGCCCGCGCCGACUGAACAAGACUAUGGCUUUCUUGGCGACCUGCAGCUCAGCACCACGAUUGACAGUCCCCACAUACUACAGAUAGAUAAUCGUGGAGUGCGCGAUGAGCAUACAGUGAUGAUCCUACAACUGUUGGAAGGGCCCCAAGAUGAGACAAACCUAGAUGAUUGGUUAUCAGGUGAUUUGCAUCCAUCCCCAUUGUUGGAGACAAAUGCCCAUUACCAGCCAAGAUGUAGGAAAAGCGGCCGAAGAGGAGCUCGGAGGAGAAGGACGUCUCCAUGGGACCCGAUGUUCUUUGAGAGACCUGUUAGCAGGGAGUACUCCACAGCCAAAGGUAGGAAAAACAAUAGCCGGUGGACUUCUAAAGAAGUGGAGAGACUGGCACGAGGCGUCUCAAGGUUUGGUGUCGGACAAUGGACCCUGCUGAAGCAGGAAUUUUUCAAAAGCUCAAUUAGGACAGCAGUAAACCUCAAGGACAAGUGGAGAAACCUGCUGAAAGGUUACCAGGAAAACUCACAGAAAAGUACGCUGCUGUAUCUUGAGCCAUCAUUGGUUGAAAAGAUCAGGAACCUGGCAGCAAAACAGCCAUACCCAUAUAGAAGGCACAGAUAGGAACUGCGACUUUAAUCCUUGUAUAGACCCUACAGGACAUCACGUUUUACCUAUCGUAGAAACUUGUAGCUAGCUUAUGAGGAAAACAACUUGUAGCUGGCUUAACACUGUUUUCCUUGCCCAUCAGUUGGUAGAAGAAAACAUUAUCAGCGUUCCCGUCUCUCUCUCUCUGUGUGCUAGGUUCUGCUCGUGUAGAAUCUUGAAUAUUUGAACCACUCUGAAUAUCAAAUGCUUCAUGGCAGUUAUUGCAGUUGAAGGCUUGCAGAUACUACUCCCCAGAAAGUAAAAAAAAUGCAGUAAGAUCAUUUUCAAAGAUACGGAAUGGGGGUGCCAAACUGCCAACUGGCCAGGGCCAGUUUGGAAAGGAAUCCAGUAGCAGGAUGUGAAUCUUCUUUUUCAGUUUUGUCUUCUUCUUAUGGCUUUUUGGAAAGGUUACAGCUCUUUUUUUUAUUUUGUUUUUAAUGUAUCGAACUCCCAACUGAACAACUUAGAACUCUG